AUGGAUUUUGCAUUCAAGCUCUUCAUAUUAAGUCUCCUUCCCAUACUUGGGAGAUGUAGCACCGAUUUACUGCAUCAGGAAUGCCACGCAGACUUCAACAUUUUUACAAACCCCAACAUGAAACAGAACAUUGAUCAUGUCAUUUCUGAUCUAUUAGUAAAGACAACUCGCGACGGCUACGCAAUCGCUUCCUACGGCUCGGGUUCGGAUGCUAUCCAUGGUCUCACUCAGUGUCGAGGGGACAUCAAUCUCGAUGCAUGUUCGGCAUGCAUCUUAGAAGCAACACAUACAGUCCAAGCAAAUUGCCCUUUCUCAGCCGAUGCACGACUUUGGUACAAACUUUGCUUCAUUCGCUAUAGUUCCAAUAACUUUUUCGGGCAAUUAGACACGAGCUAUGCCAAUGGUUGGGCUUCAAAUAAAACGGCAGAUGAUCCUGUAGAUUUCAACAAAGUUGUGACGGAACUAUUGGAAGUAAUAAAAAUAACUGCGGCAACAAGAGACAAUAAGUUUGCUAGGGGAAAUAGUAAUAGCUUUAAGAAUAACAUGAUUAUCUACGGAAUGGCACAAUGCACACGUGAUCUUCAGGAACAAACAUGUAAGCAAUGUCUUGAUGAAGAAUCCAAAAUCAUGUCAAAGAGUUGCUAUUCCCGAUUUGGUUGCGAUGUGUUCAAUACCGAUUGUAGGUUAAAGUAUGAGAAUUUUAAUUUUCUUGUUGGCCCUGCUGCCUGA